AUGACCUCAAACCCUACGGCCAAAGCCUCCGCCUCACAGCAAGCCGUCCUCCCUACCCGUACGCUUUCCCGACUACAGCCCAGAGGGCGCAUACUGCAAGGCCUUCAGCUUGCAAGCCAGAUGCUGUGGACACAACCUCCCAAGUAGAUACAUGUCCUUUACCUCCUGUCUAGCUAACUGGCCUCUGAGUACUAAUCGACAUGGAUUUUUACGUGAACGAUCCCGCGAAAUUUGCCACUUGGCAUAUCAUUACUUAUUCACUUCUCUUCGUAACGAACAACAAUCACUGCUAAUUCUCAACCUUGAUCUUAACUAAGCCUUCGACAAAGUGCCCGAUAUACGUAUUUUGGUUAAAUCGGAAGCUCUCGGCAUCCGACUGCCUCUACUCGACUUCAUCGCGUCCUAUCUGCCCAACCAGUAUCAGAACGUCAUGGUCGAUAAUAGUUACUAAACGCCUCACUCAAUCACGAGUGGCGUACUUCUAAGCACGGUUUUGUGUCCGCUACUAUUCCUUCUUUACAUCAAUGAUAUUUCGACGUAACUCAGAAAUUUGCAAGCUUUUAUUUAUGUCGAUGACCUAGUGUGUCUGCUCAUAUUCUAAGGACACCGCAGAUAUCUCCGUUGAGAAAAUCAAUACCGAUUUGCUAUGCUUAAGCAGAUGGAAUUCAACAUGGCAGAUGAAGUUUUCAUCGUCCAAGUGUAGUUUCAUAACUUUUGGGCCUGCCAAUCUUCCAGGACCAUUAAUUUUUUGAUAUUACCCACUCUUAGAAUGUUUCCCCUAGGGGACCUAGGUUUAAGUUAUACAAAUAAGCUUGUUUUAUCACCUCGUGCAAAUAGAAUCUCUGCCGAAGCCGCACAUAUAUGUGGGCUCAUAUCGCAUAAUUUUUCCUUCCGGAAGUGAAGCUAAGACUUCACCAAAUGUUUGUUCUUCCUGUCUUCGAUGACUACUGUUCUUUCUUUGGUUUAAUGAGCGUCCGUGACCGUAAUAAAGUCUAAAAUCUCCAAAGGGUUUUGACCUGGAGACUGCUCUCCAGUCGCAUCCGGUACUUAUACUCAGAGAUGUCAGCUGUCAAACAUCAAGUUUUUGUGGGUUAGAAGACUCGAAACUGGCCUUUGCUUCCUUUUUCGCAUUAAUUCUGAAUCUAAUCUUCCGCUCAUUGACACUCUCACUCGGAGAGAUCGGUCGUAUGCCACGCGCAACUCCCCCAUGCUUAUUCCGCCGCCUCUUUGCGCCUUCCAUCAACCUCUCUUUUUGUUAGUUCCCAAGGUCAGGUCAUCAUUUAUUUACUGCUAACAUUUAUACGCGUUUAUGUAGUCUGUUAUAAUAAACUUCCCCAUCGGAAUCUGCCUGUGCUAUUCACACUUAACGUUCAAUUCUGAUGCGAUGGGGGCCGUAUGCGAAAGAUGUUGGAUGGUCCGAGUCCAGAACGUCAUAUGAAUCCUCCGAUUGUGAAGGAAAGUAAACUGUCCAUAACAGAUAACAAUGCUCUGUCCCCUACGGAUCCUUUCGAAACGGACAUUUCGCCAUUGCUGUUAGCCUGGAAUAAUCCAAGAACGCGCCCAAAAAAAACUAACUAAUCACCGGACAGACUCUGCUAUCCAAUAGUGAACAUAUUUGGGCCGGCGACCCUACAAGAUUUAUCCUGAGGUUAGGGGCAGGCUGCUUGGCCCUGUUUUUUUACGAUGGCGUCUAUCUCGAAAAAUUUGGCCGGAAUAUGGGCGCGAAUGGAAGCCGCUUACUCCAAGGUUUUAUUUUUUAUUUAAAUUCACUGUCAGAUUAAUAACCCAGAACAACGUUUUCCCACUCUAGUCGCCGUCUCGAAGACAAAACCUGCCGAAGCUGUUAUAGAGGCAUAUGAAUGUGGUCAGCGGAUAUUUGGGGAGAAUUAUGUAGCACUGGUUUUAUUAUGAUCUGCUGUUAGAUUCAGGAAUUGUACAAGAAGAGCACUGACGAGAGGGUUGGCAAAUGCUUAGUCUCAUGGUUGUAGUUACUUGCCGAAUGUCCUGACGUCCAGUGGCACUUCAUUGGUAGACUGCAAUCAAACAAAGUCAAACUUCUGUUGAGUAAAUCGUUAUACUUUUCUUGUUUCCACAGGCGUCCCGAACCUGUCUGUUGUGGAAACAAUAUCGAACUUGCACAUUGCCACCCUUAUAAAUAAAGAAUGCGCCAGGCGCUCGUCCAAGCUCCUUGAUAUUUUAAUUCAGGUCAAUACAAGUGGAGAGGAACGUAAGUAGACUUCUUAACAAAGUUUAUCUUCCAAAGAAAAGGGCGGUAUAUCGGCAUCUGGAGUUGUUGAGCUGUAUAAGUCGAUUUCAGAGUCCUGUGAUAGGCUACGAAUACGUGGCCUAAUGACGAUUGGGAAAUAUGGAUAUGACCCUUCUCUAGGCCCAAAUCCGGACUUCAUGGUUUGAAUCGAUCGCAUCAUUCAUUCGUAGUCACUUGUUAAUUGUCGCAACAGCCUUUGCCAUGCCUUAGGUCUACCAAAGAAUGAGGUCGAGUUAAGCAUGGGCAUGUCUACGGACUUCGAACAAGCGGUACCUUACCCCGAAUUUAUUGAUCUCCAUUCAUUCAGAUUGAGCUAGGGAGCCAGUUUGUUCGUGUGGGUUCCUCUAUUUUCGGAAGUCGUCAAUAAACGCUUUACUCACUACCUGUUCUUUCUUCUUUCCUAUUCCUAUUCAACUUCUGAUCUUGUUUUCCACCUCAGUGAUGCCCGACCAAGCCAGGCAGGUUAGGCGUACUGAGGAUGGUUUGCCAAUCGGCGAGGACGGAAAGCCAUUGAAACCUUGUUGCGCCUGUCCGGAGACUCGUUUAGCUCGUGAUAACUGUAUACUGCAACACGGGGAAGAGCACUGCAAAGACCUAAUUGAUGCACAUACAGCCUGUUUGCGUGCACUGGGUUUCAAUAUUUAG